UGUGGCAGAGAGGCAUCCUAAGCAACACGGACGUUGUUUUUCUAGAUAUGUCAGCCUACAAACGACAUCUCUCUCCUUUAAAAACUUAUCCAAAAUGUCCUUUCCCAACAGCUCUCCUGUUACUAAUACUUUUGUAGUUGAUUCGUUGAUUGGCGCUUGCAGGACUGACCGUUUUUACUCCAGCAGCAACAUGUACAUGCCGUCCGGUGCAGAAAUGGGAAUUUACGGAAUGCAAACCUGUGGACUCUUGCCGUCUCUCAGUAAACGAGGGGACGUCAACCACCAAAAUAUGGGCAUGAAUUUCCACCCUUACAUACCUCAAAUUGAUAACUGGACAGAUCCCAGUAGACCUUGCGGAAUAGAGCAACCAUCCAAACAAAUGCCCAAUUGCACAUUUUCACAAAACAUUAAGGAGGAGAGGAAUUUCUGCAUGUAUUCCGAAAAGAGAGCAAAGGUCAACUCGUCCGAUGUCCCUGUAUAUGCUAAUAUAAUCCCCGAAUCGUGUUCAGUUGACUGCCCCGAGAUCCCUGUCCCAGGGUAUUUCAGAUUAAACCAAACCUACUCGACUGGGAAAGACCAGGACUAUGGCCAGGAGAAGACAAGUCCAAACAUCACAUUCGUGCAGCUCAACAGAGUCACUCCAAAACCGCAAUUGUCUUCCUUUUUUGUCGAACUGGAAAAGAAAACGGCCGAGAUACCGCAUAACCGGGAGACCAGCAAGACACCCAUCCCCGUGGAAAUCCCGAAUCCUACAUCCACCGCGCAACGGGAGGAGAACUGCUCCACUGAAUCUUCAGUCUCCAGCCCAGAGUUGACACAAAGAGAAUCUAUAGACAGCAAAACGGACCUUCCAACGAGCAAUUGGAUGACUGCAACAAGCGGCAGGAAGAAAAGAUGCCCCUACACAAAGCACCAGACGCUUGAAUUGGAAAAGGAGUUUUUAUUCAACAUGUACCUGUCCCGAGAGCGCCGUCUAGAGAUCAGUAAAGGCGUCAACCUCACCGACAGGCAAGUCAAGAUCUGGUUCCAAAACCGCAGGAUGAAGCUUAAGAAAAUGAACAGUGAAAACCGAAUUCGGAAACUUACUUCAAAUCUCACCUUUUCGUGAGUUUGCUUACGGAAAGCUUGAUUUAUUGUCUUUUUCCUCUAAGCGGUGGUGUGGGAGCAUCGGACUUUUGUUUAGUUUUUCACCGAAACUGCGACUGACUGCUAUUUUAUUUUCAUGUUUACAUGGUGACGCGUUGUGUAUUUUGAAUAUAUUUUUUCACAGGGUACAUUAAUAACUUCUUAAAUUAUUCAAAUGUACUAUGUAUCCAUUAUUAAACGGUUUGGUUUGAUUGAGUCUGACUUGUUUGGAAGCUCAUUUUUCGGACAUGAAAACACAUUAAAUCGAUAGUGGAUGAAAAGUUAUACAUUCGUUUAGAAUUAAGCGCUAACUCUUAGCUGAAUCGUAAUCAUGUAAACGUUUAUGUAGCAUAAAUGUGGUGAGCAAUGUUAAUGAGUGUAAAUCUUACGCAUGUUUGUGGCAUGUAUCCUGCAAUAAAUUGAUAGUCAAAUGUAA